AUGACACACACAGAAGGCACUAACUCAGGCGCGACAGAGAGCCAAAACGUUCUUCCGCUCAAUCAAGAAGGCGAGAGGGUGGGGAUAGUGACAGACCCGAUCACACAAGUGAGAAAACUAGGCACUACACGUGAAGAAGAUGAACAACAGAGAAUUGAGGAAGCGCCACCCACCCAUCCUUACCUCAAUGAGCUACAUAAGGAACUAGAAGGACAUAUACGCAGGGAACAAGAACUAAGAAGACUCAUAAAGGCAUCCAAUGCCGAAAAGAGCGCCAAAGAAAUAAUGGAGAACGCAGAGGAGGAAGAAGAAGACCCCGUAGCUACAACGCAAGAGGCGAUGACAAGAUACUUAGAAACGAAUUAUAGAGUUGUAAAGCAAAACAAUUACAACUUCAUGGCGAGUCCUUAUUCCUCUGAAAUAACAGCAUAUCAAUACACGGAGGACUACAUUUCACCCAAAUAUAAGAUUUAUAAUGGUCAAGGUAACGCAAGAGAGCACCUCAGCAGGUUCUUAUCCGAUAUGUAUGAUCGCGCAACUGAUGGGAAACAAUGCUUAAGAGAGUUCCCAAAGUCGUUAACUGAUACAACAUUCACUUGGUAUGAUAACCUAAAGUCAGGAAGCAUCAACUCGUGGUCAACCAUGUCUACGCUCUUCCUCAUAAAAUUCUACUCAGCAAAGAGGAAAGUCACAACAAUAGACCUGAGUAAGUGCAAUCAACGCUCAGGCGAGGAGAUAGGAAAAUACAUAGCCAGAUUUCGCCUACUCACCCUUAAUUACCAUGAGGACGUCAGGGAAGAAGCGCUAGUGGAAAUUUGCGUACGAUAG